GAGCUAAAAAACCAACUUUUUAUAGCAAAAAAAAACUGACUAAAGUUUUUCUCUACCAAAACCAAAGCAACCUUAAAAGUUGCUAGCAGAAAAAAACAAGAAAAUAAGGGAAAGUAGAAAAGAAGACACAUAUUUUUAAAAGUCUAAAGUUUUUACAAUAAAAUUACAACAACGGCGUCUACAACUACAACGACGACAACAACAAGGACCACCACAAGGGGCAGACACAAGAUGUUGUGUUUCAAUUUAAAAUUAGCAACGAUUUUUCGAUCGUAUCGUGAUGAGAGUGUACGUGACCGUAGUCAAAGUUUAUGUGCCCCACCCACCACUAAUCGGGCACCGCCACACAAAGAUAUUGGUGCGUUGAGGGUGCUGCAACGUCGUGCAUCCAGCGUUAUCUCAUCUGCCACAGAAUUAAUAUCACGACGUGGAGUAUUUUCCCGCCAUCAUUAUGGUUCAGUUGAUCAGUUGCCACAAUCUGAAUUGGAUGGUAUUGAUCCGAAUUUUAAACGUUUUCGUGUUGAAAAUGGUGAAUCGUUGGCGGAAAAGGAUGAGGUAUUUGGUUCACCUAGUGCCCCCAUAUUGGAAAAUCCCGAACAUCAAACACGUUGGUAUUUUAAGUAUUUUUUGGGAAAAUUGCAUCAAAACUAUGUUGGCAUUGAUGGUGAAAAAAGUCCAUAUUUCUUAUCCGUGGUUUCACAAGAUUCUGGCAACCAAGGAGCACCUAUGUAUCGUGCCAUUUUAUUCCGUAAACAGGGCACACAAAAGAUUGCAUUACCUUAUCAAGCCAAUCAAAAACUUACAGUUAAACAAAUCCUAACACACUUCACUGGCAUCGAUGCUUCAACGAUGAAGAAUCCUAAAGAAAUUUUUGCAGCUGACAUACAAAAGGAUCUAUUGCUAUUGGAGGAGCAGGAGGGUUCAGUUAAUUUUAAAUUUGGCGUUGUUUACAUGAAACCAGGCCAAUGUUGUGAUGAUGAAAUGCUAAGUAAUCAGGAAGCGAGCCAAGACUUUGAAGAUUUCUUAGAUGUUUUGGGUGAACGUGUGCGUCUUAAAGGUUGGGAUCGUUUUCGUGGUGGUUUAGAUGUUAAAGGUGAUAUGACUGGCAAAUAUUCUGUGUAUACUUUAUAUGAGGGUCAUGAAAUUAUGUUUCAUGUUUCAACACUUUUGCCCUUUUCUAAGGAUAAUCGACAACAGGUGGAACGUAAACGUCACAUUGGAAAUGACAUUGUAAAUAUUGUUUUCAUUGACCAAAGUAUGUCCGCCAAUGUCGGUACAGUAUUACCAACAAUGUUUGAUCCCACAUGGAUAAAAAGCCAAUUUACACAUAUUUUUGCUGUAGUAACAAAAACAGAACAAACCUAUCGUUUGGCUAUAUUUUGUGAUGAAAAUGUGCCACCAUUUGGUCCAACAUUACCAAACCCACCAGAAUUUACAGAUGUUAAUUUGUUUCGUGAAUUUUUGCUGGUAAAAUUAAUUAAUGCUGAAAAGGCAACAUUCCAAACACCAAUAUUCUCACAAAAACGUGAGCGUACCCUUGAAAUGUUGAUAAAAGAUUUACAUGAAGACUAUAUUGGUGAUAGCAAAUUGAACAUGCUAAAUAGACGCGCUUUCUCUGAAGUACUGUAUGACGUGCCAAGAACAUCUAAACUUAAGGAGGACGCAAGACAUAUUGAAUUCGUACGUAUAGGCCAAGCACUUAAAUUGGAGGCCAUUGUACGAGGUGAUGCCCCCACUAGUAUUGCAUCAGCCAGCCCUUGUACAAUAUUCAAAAAACCCCCUUGGGAACCACAUUGUUUUUACCCAACCUUUCCGCAUCGUGGCACAUUGGUAGGUGAUUCGUUCGGUACCAAUGAUGAGUGUUUAUUUAUAGCCACCGAUGAUGGUACAUUUUUGAUGAAAGAGGAUCAAUCUUUACAAUUGGUUUUCGACAAGACAUUGCACGUGCGGCAGCUUAGUGUUUUGGAAGAACAUGGUUUAGUUUUAAUACGUGGCGGUUCAGCUACAAAUCGUGAUGCUCAUCGAGUUCAUGUAUUUCGCCUGCGGGAAUUCCAUGGAAAAUUUACAGAGGAUUCAUUGAAGUGUCGUUCACGUUCAGAAGUUAAAGAUCGGCGCAUUGAGAAGACACGUGGUUGUAAUUUAUAUUCCUCAUCUCAUAUUAGUGGUGGCCAUUUGAGAUUGGUUGUAGCCGUUGGCCGUAAGUUGCAGCUAUUCCAAUGGAAACAUACAGCUGCUUGGGCUUCUUGGUGUCCGGAAAAUGAUACAGAGACGGUAGAAGGUUUUAUCUUCCAAAAAGAGAUUACUUUAAGUGAUACACCUACGAUUGUUACACCUCUGGAAGGACCCACGAAUACAAAGAAUGGUGGUUUAAUAUGUGUGGGUUAUAGGUACCAUUAUGAAAUUGUCUGUGAUCAAACUGGAGUAGCCACCCGUUUACAUGAAGUUGAACCGGCCAAAAGAAAUCAAACCCAACUGACGGCAGCUAUAGAACUAUGUGAUGGUCUAGAAACUGAACUAUUGUUGUGUUAUAAUCAUACUUGCCAUUUCCAAAAGCUCAAUGACCGUGAGGAAUCUCGCAAUGAGUUUGAUUUUCAUUGGAAUACAUCUCCAACAUUUGUGGUUUGUGCUUUUCCUUACAUUUUGGGUUUCACCUCUGAUUCCAUGGAAAUACGCCUACUAGUUAAUGGCAAUUUAGUACAUACAGCUAUUUUACCCGAACUACAAAUGAUCACCUCAAAACGUGAUAUUUUCUUUGUAACAACAGCACCAGAAUUUAUGUCCAAAGAUCUUAAUAUUAAAGGUUUGCAAAUAAAUGAACAAACGCCCGAACGAAGGCUAGUAACUACACCCAGUGAAUGUUCAUCCAAUGAAGAAUUAGCACAUGAUACCAGCGAUUUACUAACUACCAGAAGUGUCAAAGAUAUGCCAUUGAAUCCGGAACAUGAAAUGAAUAAUUUACUUGAGAUACCCAAUGCAAUAGGCGCUCAAGUUCCAUCAAUACAAAGAGCAAGAUCUCUGCAAAAGACAAGUAAUUUAGAGGAGAAACCACAAAUAGCCAAAAGUAAUUCUUGUGGUGACUCUUAUCAUUCCGAAAAUAAAUUCAAUGCUUUGCGUGGUAACUCCAUAAUAGAUCCCCAAUACGCAGGUGUACCUCCCAAUUCUCCGCGCAAUACUACCAGCUCUAACAACAAUAAUACAACAAAAGCUACAAAUCAACAACAACAUUCACCUAUGUCACCUACAAAGCGUAACUCCAAAUAUCGCAGUCUUUUCUCUAAUGGUAGCCAAGGUUCAGAUAACUAUUCAUCAUCACCUGAUCGUCUGAAACCUUUAAGGGUAUAUCGCAUUCCCUUAGCUAAACUGGCGGGAGCACAUUCACAUUUCCAUAUGCAAUCGUUUAAUGCAACGGCAGCAAAAACACAAAAUUUUUUACGUGAGCAAUAUGCUUUGAAUAUGAAAUCUCGACAAAAAUCCUUUGAUGUACAAUUACCCAAUGCGGGUGCCAAUGAAAUGCCAGAAUGACAAUUGGUUCAAGAAUCAAAUGAAAAGGUUCAAACUCACAUACCGCCGACUUUGGAAUUUAUGGAAAAACGAAAGUCCAUAGAUCUAUACGACUAUGAUGACAAUAAAUUCAAUGAGGAGGAUGAAAGACGUUUUGAAAUGUUAAUGUUACAACGUUGAUGUGUAUAAAAGGCGGUGAUAAUAGCUAGCUGGCUGGCAGUAAUGAAAAUAAUGAAGCUAAAUAAUUCCAAAUUUUAUUUUCAUACUUUGAUAGUCAUUGCUUAAAAGAUAAAAUAUUUGUUAGACGGUUUCAAUUUUAAACAACUAAAAUUGUAUUCACAACAAAAGUACUAAAAUUGUAAAAAAAAAACUAUUUAUUUAAACCAUGUAAAAAUAUGUGUGUGAAGAAAAAUAUCUUCAAUUAAUUGAAUUGAAUAAUUGAUAUUAAUCAUUUUGUUAGUAAUUAAA